CUCUCUCUCUCUCUCUCUCUCUCUCUCUCUCUCUCUCUCUGUAGCCAGACACUCAAAGAUCAGAUACAAGAAGCCCCCUCAACAAUCUACUCUCUCUGUCUCUGUCUGUGUUCCUUAUUGUUUUUUCCUUUUCAUAUUUUUGCUAUAUAGUAUAAAAAAUCUGAGUGAAUUUUGAAGGGUUGGUUUCUUGUUUUUCUUUGUUAUCUCCAACGUUAUGGAUGAAGGAUCCAUGGGUUCAUCUCACAAAAGAAGGGCUCUGUGGCUGGGCCCUCUUCAAGAACAAGUCCCCAAGAGAAAGUCUAAUCGAGAAAAUUUGGAUAGGUUCAUUCCAAAUCGUGCUGCAAUGGACUUUGAUUAUGCACACUACAUGCUCACAGAUGGGAGGAAAGGCAAAGAGAACCUGGCUGUGAUCUCUCCAUCCAGAGAGGCAUACCAGAAGAAACUUGCGGAGGCCUUUAACAUGAACCGGACACGGAUCUUGGUCUUCAAGAACAAGCCCUCCACACCAAUUGACCCAAUCCCACAGGAAUUUCUUUCACCAUCUUCUCCACAGACCAAACCUGUCAAGCACAGGAGACACAUUCCUCAGAGUAGUGAGAGGACAUUGGAUGCUCCUGAUAUUUUGGAUGAUUUCUACUUGAAUUUAUUAGACUGGGGUAGCAGCAAUGUCCUUGCCAUUGCUCUCAGAAGCACGGUAUACCUCUGGGAUGCCUCAAAUGGCUCUACCUCAGAACUUGUCACGAUUGAUGAUGAUGAUGGCGGCCCUGUUACAAGUGUUAGUUGGGCUCCUGAUGGCCGGCACAUUGCCAUUGGCUUAAACAAUUCCCAUGUCCAAAUAUGGGAUUAUACUGUUAACAGACAGCUAAGAACAUUGAGUGGCGGUCACAGACAAAGAGUAGGUUCACUGGCUUGGAACAAUCACAUCCUUACAACUGGAGGAAUGGAUGGUAAAGUUAUCAACAAUGAUGUGAGGGUGAGAUCCCACAUUGUUGAAACCUAUAGGGGACACCAUCUCGAGGUCUGUGGACUAAAAUGGUCUGCCUCAUUUCAAUUGGCUAGUGGAGGGAAUGAUAAUCUUCUCUAUAUAUGGGACAAAACCAUGGCCUCUUCCAGUGCACCAAGACAGUGGCUUCACAGACUUGAGGGCCACACAGCUGCAGUCAAGGCCAUUGCUUGGUGUCCCCUUCAGGGUAAUUUGUUAGCCUCAGGUGGAGGAGGUGGUGAUCAGUGCAUUAAGUUCUGGAAUGCCCACACAGGCGCCUGCUUGAACUCUAUUAACACUGGCUCACAGGUUUGUUCUUUGUUGUGGAACAAGAAUGAGCGUGAAUUGCUUAGCUCUCACGGUUUUACACAGAAUCAGCUUACCCUAUGGAAAUACCCCUCAAUGGUGAAGAUGGCUGAGCUCACUGGUCAUACUUCUAGAGUCCUUUUUAUGACACAGAGCCCUGAUGGAUGCACAGUGGCAUCUGCAGCAGCGGACGAGACUCUAAGAUUUUGGAAUGUGUUUGGGACUCCAGAAGUGGCUAAACCUGCACCUAAGGAAAAAUUAGAACCGUUUGCUCAUGUGAGCCGCAUCCGUUGAACAUCAUAAGAGACAAGAGCAGUCAAGGAUUUUAGGUUGAAUUGACCAUUGGAGCAUGAAGUCUCCGUGAUGAAUAUGAAGCACAGCACAAUGAAUACUUAGUUUACAUAUUUACUAAGUUCACAGAGUCAUUUCCUGUUUGGUAUAGAACUUAGUU